GCUGUCUGUUUGCAUUCAUAGAGUGUAAUCCAGGACCAUCAGCCUCAAGCUAACCCAAGAUGAUGAUUAUCUGCGUAUUCUUCAGAAGAACAUCACUGUCCAUGGACAGAAAGAACAGGUGUUUCCAGUGAAGAGGAGCAGCCUGGAGUGGAAUUAGUAACAGGUGCCGCAUGUCGAGGUGGAUUUAAAGGUGUGGAGGAGAGCUGAAGAUCAUGGGGAAAUCAAACAGCAAGCUCAAGCCGGAGGUGGUGGAAGAGUUGACAAGAAAAACCUACUUUACAGAGAAGGAGGUGCAGCAGUGGUACAAAGGCUUCAUUAAGGAUUGUCCAAGUGGACAACUAGAUGCUGUUGGCUUCCAGAAAAUAUACAAGCAGUUCUUUCCUUUUGGAGACCCCACAAAGUUUGCAUCAUUUGUCUUCAAUGUGUUUGAUGAAAAUAAGGAUGGACGCAUCGAGUUCUCCGAGUUCAUUCAGGCACUGUCUGUGACUUCUCGAGGGACUCUGGAUGAGAAGCUGAGAUGGGCUUUUAAAUUAUAUGACCUUGAUAAUGACGGCUACAUCACCCGCGAUGAGAUGCUUAAUAUCGUAGAUGCCAUAUACCAGAUGGUGGGGAACACAGUGGAGCUGCCAGAAGAAGAAAACACACCAGAAAAGCGAGUGGACCGUAUUUUUGCAAUGAUGGAUAAGAAUGCAGAUGGCAAGCUGACUCUGCAGGAGUUUCAGGAGGGUUCAAAAGCAGACCCCUCUAUUGUUCAGGCAUUGUCACUUUAUGAUGGACUUGUGUAGGAAUAUUCGAGUCCAACAGGCAGAACCCACCCAGAAGAGGACUACAGCCGUUCU